AACUACUGCGUCUGUGCGUGGAAUCCUAGCGAGCUCCCUAGUUAGACAGCAUUUUGGGCUUCUUUUAAAACGUUGGUCAACGCCCAAAAAUGCUUUCUAUGUAGGGGUCACGCUAGGUUUCGCUACGUGGACCGCGUUAACUGUGGAUGGGAAUGUAUCCCAGCAUGCUUGACAGUCAGCGACAUGAACAGGGAAGGAUGAUGAAGCUAAGAUGGCAGCGCUACUAAAAGGUGCUGUCUUCACAGGGUCAAGAAAAACACCAGGAUAAAACGCAAAGCACAGCGGUCAGGUCACGCAUUUGACUUUUUUCUCUUGGUGCGAUUGAACAUGAAAACUCCGUGUGGCCGGAUAGCUUGCAAUCGAGGAAAUUGUGUUAGAUUUUGAUCCGGGGAAGCGCAUUUCGCAGUUGCAGCAGAGCGGCUAACCGUCAACGUCGUUGCAUCGCAGGCGCAAUUGAUCAACGAGAUACUCGGAUGUAAUCCGCCGGGGGUUUUGUGCGUUUGUAGAUCGCAUAUAUGGAGCGUGUUUGUCACUUUUAGUACUGUCAAUUGACAUUGUAAUCCAAUAUAUGCGUUGUUCUCCUAAACGAUGAUGUGUGCUGCUGCGGCAGCGGGUGCCGGUGGGAUCCUGUCCUCCUCAUCCCACUCCAUGGGGCUGGGUGUCAGGGUCAUUCCUGGAGCUGGAAACGAUUUCGGAGCGAUUGGAUCAGGAAUGGGCUCCUGUCCCAUUAUGGGGGCUCGGUCAGACUGUCGGAGUCGUUAUCAGCUAAUUCUCUCAGGGCGAGCGCUGGCGGAGAGGUACCGGAGGAUUUACACCACCGCCAUCAACGACAAAGAACAGGGGCUAAAUCUCGGGAGGGGAAAGAAAGCUUUGAGUAAGAAGAAACUAAAAAGGCGGCAAAAAGUCAAAUCGAAAGUGAAAUCAAGAACAAAGUCAGAAGCUCUGGAUGGGGCCUUCCCAGUGCCAGACAUAAAACUCCACAGCAACCCUUCGGCAUUCAACGUCUACUGUAAUGUGCGGCACUGUGUUCUCGACUGGCAGCAGAAGGAGACGACAUUGGCCCUGGCCUCACGCAAUUCUGCGCAGAGCGGAGACUCUGACAGUGAGGAGGAGGAGGAGUAUCGUGAACCUGCCGUAAAACUGCCGAAGAUCAUUGGUAUUGGGCUGUGUGGAGUUUUUGAGCUCAUCAAAGAGACGCGCUUUUCUCACCCAUCACUGUGCUUGCGGAGCCUUCAGGCACUUCUGGACAUGCUACAGGGCCAACAGCCUGAGAGCUUUCAGACCGAACCUCCAGAUGUGCUUGAGUCUCUGUUCCAUCUUCUGUUGGAGACUACGGUGCGGAGCACAGGGAUGAACGACCCCACAGGUCAGACCCUGACAGCGUUAUCUUGCGCCUGCCUCUUCAGUCUGGUGGUGGCCUGGGGUGACACUGGUAAAACCCUACAGGCUGUGUCUGCCAUCCUCACUAACAACGGCAGCCAUGCAUGUCAAACCAUUCAGGUAAGAGAUUCUUUGAUUUGGUAUGUUUCAGGAAAACAAGGAAAUUCUUACCACAGACAGAGGUUAAUAAACUUGCAAAAAUGA